GUCAGUUUUUUUGUGGGCUCGCGAUCGGUAAAUCGAAGUAGCGGACCGUGAAGGUGCAGAGGAUAUUUCACAUAGCACACCGUUGUUGUUGUUGCUGCUGCUGCUGUUGUGUUAUCUUGUAAUUUUGCGCAGUUCAGCUAAAAAAGAGAGAAAGAGAGCUCGCGCGAUAAGUAAACCGUUGUUUUUGUAACUCAGCAUCCCGCCAUUGCUGCUGUUGUGGUUUUUGUUUUCGCCUCGCGUGUAGCCAAAAUAUAAGAAGUAGUACAUUCAGUUGCACUAAUUUCUUCAAUCAACGACAAGGCAUAACGAGUGAAACUAGCGAAAAUUGUUUGGCAGGCAGCAAAACUCCCUCAAACGCUUAAAAACGGCGCCGACAACAACAAUGCCUUAUCAGCCAGCCAACAGUGGCGGGACGUCUGGGGGCAGCAAGGCGGCGGCCAAAAUGGCCCAGCUAAAGUUUUGGAACAAGCAGAACAGCAGCAAGCAGCAGCAGCAGGACAAGGACAAGGACGCCGCCGAUGGGGGCAACAACAUCUCUGGCGGCGGCACCGGCAGCAGCAGCAACGGCGACUCCAAGAGCGAGGCAAAGAGCGGCAAGCGCAACUGGCUGCAUACGCCGGAGCAGCUCAUCAGCGGACAUGCGGUCUAUCUAGUCAAGUUCUUUGGUAACCUGAGUGUGGACCAGCCUAAAGGAAUCGAGGUGGUUAAGGAAGCCAUUCGGAAACUGCAGUUCGCCCAGCAGAUGAAAAAGGCGGAGACGGGCACUCAGGAGAAGUUCAAAAAGCUGGAGAUCACCAUCAGCAUCAAGGGCGUGGCCAUACAGGAGCCACGUACCCACAAGAUCCUCCACCAGUUUCCGCUGUACAACAUCUCCUAUUGUGCGGACGAGAAGGGUGUGAAAAAGUUCUUCAGCUUCAUUGCCAAGUCGGUAAAAACGCGGGACGGCAGCGAUGCGGCGACAAAUGGCCAUGCGAACGGAAACGGCGAUGGCAGUGCAAAAGUGGAAGAGAGUCACGAGUGCUUUGUGUUUAUUUCGAAUAAACUGGCCUCGGAUAUCACGCUGACCAUUGGGCAGGCCUUCGAUUUGGCCUACAGGAAAUACAUGGAAGGCACUGAGAAGACGAAUCUUAGCAAGGCGCAGCAGCAGAUAAACCACCUGCAGCAAACCGUUAACGUUUACAAGGAGCGCCUGCGCGAAGUUUCUGCCAAAUUGCCAAAGGCCGAGCUGGAUGCCAUGCUCUUCAAUCUGGGCAUCAAGGACAUUCUAGAAGCGCCCGUGACAGAGCAGCAGAACGGGGUUGAGGUGGCCACCGAAGCCCUGAGCAACGGCAAGCUGGAUGAUGACAAGUUGCUGAUUGACACCAAUUCCACUACCGCAUCGACCCACUCGUCGUCACCCAGCUCCUUCUUGCCCAUUGUCCCCCCACGGAACAAUUUGUCCAGCCAGAUCAGUAUCGGCGGCAAGAGCAACAGUCAGAAGAUGGACGAGCUGCUGCUCAACUCCGAUUCCGACAGUGAUUUUGAUCCGCGUGCGGAUGAGAUUCAGGACAACGUGAGCAACGGCCGUAAUGCGAUUAGCAAUGAUUUGUUCGGCUUUGAGCCGGCCAAGAGUUUUGGGCAGCAGCUUUUUGUCAACAACAAUGACCACAAGCUGCAGAAUAACAACACGAACAACAGCAGCUUACUGAUCACAAGCAAUAAUAAUAGCAUUAACAGCAGUGGCUUCUCCAGCGAACUGAACAUAACACCACCAUUGUUGGCGCCGCCGCCAAAGAUUGCUGCUCCCAGACGCCUGAACUCGGUGACAACGGGCAAUGGCCUAAAUGGCAACACGGACCUUUUCGGCUCGGAUCCCUUUGAGAUGAACAAUGGUCCGGCCAUUUUCAAGCAAAACCAGCUGAAUCUUGAUGACUUCUCGCUGGAGAGCUUGGAUCCCUUGCGCAAGUAAAGCGGUGCUAUAAAGGCCAUUUUCACACUUCAACUUGAUUGAAUCUAAGGACAUCGCGAAAAUUGUCCAUCGUUUAUCCUUCUACGUUUCUCCGUUUCGCAUGCAUUCCAAUCCAAUUGCAAUUUGAUUUAUUUAAUGUGUAUUAUUGUUUAUAUAUUGUAUUGUAUUUAUUAUCAUUGAUUUUUGUCGAUUUUAUAUUGCAUAUUAUGAUUUCUACUAUUAUUAUAAUUACGUUUAUUAUCUGAGGUCGAGAUCUAAAGAACACAACAACCAACUUCAAUGCACUUUGUUUAAACGUAUCAAUUUGUUGAUGUAGUUAAAUAGUUUAAUUGAUUGUCGAGAAAAGCAAAUGAAAAAAUGUUAAUAAGUGAUAUUGUGAAAAACGCUAAUGCUAACUAACUGAAUGUGAGAAAUUUGUAUAAAAUAAUUAUAAAGACAACCGGAAGCAUAUGAAUCAAUUAUUGUAUAGAGCCGAAGAAGGAGGAGAAUCAAAGCUAAAUGAACAAUAUUUAAUGUUAUCGAUGCAAUAUAGAGAAAUAUUAUUAUUACUAUUAUUAUUGUGUAUGUAAAGAAUAAAAUGUAGUGCCUAAAAGAAAA